AUGGCGUACGUGAAAGUUGAACAAAAUAUUAAGAAAGGAGCGGCAAAGACUAAGAUGGUGUGGACACUUGGAGCAGCGUCUAGAUCUGUUGAGAUGAUAGAGAAGCUUCUCGAAGCUGGUAUGAACAUAGCCCGAUUCGAUUUCUCUGAGGGGUCUCACGCACACCACCAAGAAACUAUCAAUAAUCUCAGAACCGCCAUACGGAACACUGUACUCCCCAUCAUGGCGAGGAAAACCACUUACGCCUUAGACCCCAAAGCAAAGGCUAUCAUUAUCACUGCCAAGGCUGCGGUAAAUCUUGUGGCCAGGUGCAGGCCGAGCGUUCCUGUUCUCUUGGUUGUUUCGAUGUCGGAGUCCUUUAAAUGGUCGUCUCAUGUGGCCAGUCAUGGCUUGGUGUUCCGUGGGAUCCUUCCGCUGAUGGGGGCGGAUUCAAAAACGAUUGGGGACAUGAUUAGUUUCGGUGUCCAAGUCGCAAAGAAAGAGGGAAUCUGUAAUGCUAGAGAUUUAGUGGUGGCGCUCCGCGUCCUCAAUCUCCUCCAGCCUCUGCAUGUUCAGUACGCGCUUUUAGUUUAG